ACCCCUUAGAUAAACCACACGCGCGUGCCUAGGGUUUACUCCUGCCCACCGCCGUCACUUGCGCCUCCUCCUACCGUGCCCUUUUUUUCUCAAAAAAAAAAAAUACCGUGCCCUUUUCGCUCUGCUUCUUCUUGCACUCCUCGAUCUCACCGGCGGCGGAAAUGGCGGAAGUUGAGGCGCCCACCCAGGAGGUCAAGCUCUUCGGCCGCUGGUCCUUCGAUGACGUCCAGGUCAAUGACAUUUCUCUGGCUGAUUACCUUGCCGUCAGUCAUACAAAGCACGCCAUAUAUCUUCCCCACACUGCUGGAAGGUAUUCUGCUAAGAGGUUCCGCAAGGCUCAGUGCCCAAUUGUUGAGAGGCUGACAAACUCUCUGAUGAUGCACGGCCGCAACAAUGGCAAGAAGGUCAUGGCUGUUCGUAUUGUGAAGCAUGCCAUGGAGAUUAUUCACCUGCUGACUGAUGCCAACCCUAUUCAAAUUAUCGUCGAUGCCAUCAUAAACAGUGGGCCAAGAGAAGAUGCGACCCGGAUUGGAUCUGCUGGUGUUGUUAGAAGGCAAGCUGUUGAUAUAUCUCCAUUGAGGCGCGUGAACCAGGCAAUCUACCUGGUUACCACUGGUGCUAGGGAAAGUGCUUUCAGGAACAUCAAGACCAUUGCCGAGUGCCUUGCAGAUGAGCUUAUCAAUGCAGCUAAAGGUUCUUCUAACAGCUAUGCGAUCAAGAAGAAGGAUGAGAUCGAGCGUGUUGCAAAGGCCAACCGUUGAGCAUUCUCAUGCAAAGCAAUGUUUUGGGGUGGAACGAUGCCUACUUAUGAAUCUACUACCCUGUUUAUUUGUGAACUUGGCUUGGUGUUGGAGCUACAGACUUCGAUGUUCCCUAAAAACACAAGUACCGUUCCUGAUCUGGUUGUUUUAGCUGCAGUAUGAAUUGAAGUUUUGCUACAGCUAGUUUGUCGUGUUGACAGCUCCAUCUCUAUCAGUGUCAAGACUUGUAAUUAUAAAUGGUCUGUAAACGUGUUCUCUAUCUUGUUUCUUUGUCCCAAAACCAUGGGAAAUGUGCUGGAGCUCGGUGUACCUGGUAAUGCAUUAGUGUUUGGUUCAUGGAUGGGUAAUAUAAAGGCAAAGGUAAUUGAUUCA